AUGUCCCUCAUCAACGUCCGUCGCGAUGUCAGCGACAACUUCUAUCGCUACAAGAUGGAGCGUCUCCAGACCAAGAUUGAGGGCAAGGGUAACGGCAUCAAAACCGUCGUCGUCAACCUGCCCAGCGUUGCCGCCUCCUUGGCACGCCCGCCCUCCUACAUCAACAAGUACUUCGGCUUCGAGUUGGGUGCCAUGACCAACGACCAGCCCAAGGACGACCGUUGGAUCAUCAACGGCGCUCACGAGGCCAGCAAGCUCCAGGACCAUCUCGACGGCUUCAUCAACAAGUUCGUGCUCUGCAAGAAGUGCAAGAACCCUGAGACCGAUGUCCACAUCAUCGGCAAUGACCGCAUUCUCCUUGACUGCAAGGCCUGCGGCCAGCGCACCGAGGUCGAUCUUCGCCUCAAGCUCAGCGGCUACAUCCUCAAGAACCAAGCCACCAAGAAGGGCAAGAACAAGGCUGAGCGUCGCGCCGCCAAGAGAGCCAAGCAGCAGAAUGGCAACGGCGCCAAGGAGAACGGCAAUGGCAGCGGUGGCGAAGACGGCUCCGAGCAUGGCUCCAACGAGGCCGAGGAGAACGGUGACGCCCCUGGCAGCGACGAUGAGUUCCAGAAGGUUGCAGCCGCAGCCCCUGAGGCGGACAUUGAGGUCAAGGACGACGAGUGGGCCGUUGACAUGAGCGAGGAGGCCGUCAAGGCCCGUCAGGCCCAGCUUCCUGGUGAGUUCAAGCAGAAGCUCAGCCUCAACGAUGACGAUGAUGAGGACGGCGAGGGUGGCGGCAACACCGUCUACGAUGAGCUUGGCAACUGGAUCCAGCAGGAGGCCGAGGAGAAGGGCGGCAUUGACAAGGUCGACUCCAUCAACGUCUACCUCAAGGCCAAGGAGCUCGAGAUCGAGGGCAAGCACCGCACGGUUCUCGUGCUCGCCCAGACGCUGUUUGACAAGAACAUCUGUGCCCAGAUCCCGAAGCGCGCCAGCAUGCUUAAGCAGAUCAUCUCUUCCGAGCGCCACGAGAAGGCCCUGCUUGGAGGUACCGAGCGCCUCAUCGGCGGCCUCGCCGCGGACAACGCCGACAUGUACCAGCAGAUUGUCAAGAUCCUGCAGCUCUACUAUCACCAUGACCUCGUCAGCGAGGAGGUGGUGACCAAGUGGGGCUCCAAGGCCAGCAAGAAGUACGUGGACCUCUCCACCUCGAGGAAGAUCCGCAAGGCUGCCGAGCCAUUCCUCAAGUGGCUCGAGGAGGCCGACGAGGAGGAGUCCUCUGAGGAGGAGUAA